AACAGAAUGUAGCAAAGAUGGACACAUUCAGGCUUCUUUCGCGGUCGACGAAACUCUCAAACAACUCACAGGCAGGCCGAGAGAGACGAACGAUCACGCCAUCCAGUGGCCCUGCUCUUUCGGUCCAGCAUAUUUCAACACCUAAUUCACAAGAUGUGCCUCCAAUAUCUUCGCGAAAGAGGAAGCGAUCGCUCAAGGCGCCCGAGAGCAACGACCCCCUAAAUUUUUUCAGCGAUGGAGGACUGGAUAGCUCGUUUAAGGCGGCUAGUAGAAAUGGACUGUCUAUCAACGACAACACCGUGAACGCGGCAGCUCAGGAACACGGCGAGGAUGACUCCAUUGUGCUGCAGAUGGCGCCGGAAGUUCCUCUUGAGCAGAUAAAGGGUAUCAUGAAACGGCACAAACUGAAGGUAGCUUGGCUCAAUGCACCUGUUGUGCAGAAAAAGCAUCGUCGGAAAGGACAGCGAGCAAAUCUCAAUGCAACAGGAAAAGUGGACAAACCCUCCUUGUUUCCGCAGCCUUUGCAGGAGUUCAGUGAGCUACGUACUCGCUUUUCGCUCUCGAGCAGAUUAGCACAGAAUAUCGCAAAUGAAGGCUACACUCUUCCUACCGAAGUACAACUCGGCGCACUUCCCAUUCUGCUUGAUACUCCCACCAACUUUCUGCCUGCUGUUGAGUCAGAUACUCUGAAUGUGUCGCAGGUAGAUCUACUCUCUGUGGCUCCCACUGGAAGUGGCAAAACAUUGGCAUUCAUGAUCCCUCUAAUACACAACAUAGUCAAGCGGAAGGCCGCUGAGAAGGAGCGCAAGCGCGUUGCUUCGGCAAUGGUACUUGCUCCAACCAAAGAGCUGGCAGCUCAGAUCGUCAACGAAGCAAAAAAGCUUUGCAUAGACACUGGAGUCAGAGUAGUCAUGGUCAAGAAGGGGAUGCGACUGGCCCAGGAGCGUGCCAUAGUUCCAGACGACAAUGCUCACGACUCUGACGAAGGCGAACAACACGACGCCACUGUGGUCAAAGCCGACAUCCUUGUCUCGACACCCGGCGUAUUGGCUGGUAUAUGCAAAGAGGCUGUCACACAAGAUGCGACCACUCUCACGCAUGUAAGUCAACUUAUUAUGGACGAAGCGGACGUUCUACUUGACCCGUUAUUUCGGGACCAGACCCUUUCUAUAUGGAACUCUAUCGGCGGCGAGGAUCUUCGCGUGAGCCUGUGGUCCGCCACUAUGGGCAGCAACAUCGAGCAGCUUGCGCUCUCUACGAUUGAAAGGCGACUUGCAUCACUAUCGGUAGAAACAAAGCAGCCUUUGACUGGAAAGCCAUUGGUCAGAUUGGUUGUAGGACUAAAGGACUCAGCACUGCCGAAUGUUGAGCACCGUCUGGUCUAUGCUGCUUCGGAACAGGGGAAGCUCAUGGGCCUGCGUCAACUGUUGCACCCGACGACGACCUCUGCCGAAACAGGGCCUCCCUUGUUACCGCCUUUCCUGGUCUUUACGCAGACUAUCGAAAGAGCUGCUGCCCUGCAUUCCGAGCUGAGAUAUGAUAUACCUGCAGAAGCCGGAGGCAUAAGCCGCAUAGCGGUGCUCCAUUCCGAUCUCUCCGACCUUGUCCGCGACGGCGUGAUGACGCGGUUCCGCAAAGGUGAGAUCUGGGUUCUGAUCACAACAGAUCUACUAUCGCGAGGCGUUGACUUUCGGGGCGUCAACGGUGUCGUAAAUUACGACAUUCCGACCUCGAGCGCAGCCUAUGUACACCGAGUGGGCCGUACUGGCCGUGCUGGUCGGCAAGGCGGCGUCGCAGUCACACUCUAUACAAAGGAGGACAUUCCUUACCUCAAACCAAUCGCUAAUUUGGUUGCUGCGGCGCAAAAGCGAAGCGCAGACGGUGGCGAAGGUGGCGAGAGACAUGGUGUCGACCAGUGGCUGCUCGACGCCCUGCCCAGCCUGAGCAAGAAAGCGAAACGGGAUCUACGAAAGCAUGGCGUGGAAUCACGCACUGCGCGUGGAAGCGUCAAAGACCCGAAGUCAGCGCGGCAGGCUAGAAUCAGUACCAAGGCAGGCUACAUCAGGCGAGAAGAAAACAAGCGCAAGGGCGCCAUCGCUGGUAGUCAACAUCGCAAGUCUGCAGCCGAGGCCGAGAGCGAGAGCGAGGAGGAAUUUGCGGGUUUUGAAUGAAGUUCAUACGAACAUUGUACGAUAGAUCACAAAUCUGUUCGACGAACAUGAUGUGAGGUAGUCCUUUGCGUCCACCUACUUGACCCGUUGCUCAAAAUUAUGGGCUGCAACGAUGGUGUGAUCUGUCCUGUGAGGGUGCGAUCGUGAAUACCGAAACAUACCAUUGUUGGAAUGCUCUUGCGCGACCCGUGCUGGCUGCGAAUGUGCUAUGGGAGGCAAGGUGCCUCACCUGGGCUCCUCGAAGUGUAUGUGACUGGCUUCCAGCCACAAUCGGCAUCAUGGGUAGCUAAUCCGAGUCAUCGUACGUCGCGAUGACGUGAUGGGCAUGAUCAUCCGAUCCGCGCGCACUGCAGAGACUGUGUGCGCAAUUGAUCCGAGUCCGAACCCGGAAAGAUAGUGCGUCCAAAAUCCUCACGCAUUCGCAGCGGCACGUGC